CGGGAACUCUGCCGUUGGCAGUUUCAUCGCGGUCGCGGCGCGGCGGCGGGGUUGGUCGGAGGAGGCGACGGGCGGUGGCUGAGGGCCCGCGCCACGCGCCUCGGGAGGAGGCGUCACCGGUCGCGCCAAGGGAAGCAGGCUUCACAGGGGCAGGGAGCGGGGGUGCACAGACCGACAGACGGCUACGGCGAGGACGUUCCGGGUAUUUAUUGGCUCCCCCUGGGGAAGGAGAUGUGCAGGUAAGGAAGAAAGAACAAAUCCUGUGAUAUGGAUGGCAUGCAGCGAUAAACUACAAGAAGCUCCAGAAGAAGGCCAGCAGGAGGAUGAAAACUGCGGCGCAUAUGUUAUGCGUAGAUCUGCUCGAGGUACCACAAUUCUCUGGAGGGAAUGCGCAAGAAGAGCUGCAUACCUGCUCCACUCCUCUGGUCGUGGAUGCAGAGGUCCUCCACUCGAAGCCCCCGGCCAUUGCAGGUAGGUAGCUACAAAGGACUAAGCGGACGGAAAGGCGGCAGCACCUUGAGGCUUGAGCGAAGCCCAAGCCCGAACCUCCUUUGAUCAACAGCGGGAUGGAGCUAAAGAUGGCAGUGAAGUGACGGAAAGAGCGCUGCAAGGAAAGAAUGGAAGAGAGCAGGAGGUAAAGAGAGAGAGAGAGAGAGGGUAGCUUGAGGACGGUUGAGCUGAGGCGAGCUGCGCGGUUCAAGGGAGCCGGAACGGGAAAUCGCAGCGAUCUCUUUCCACAUUCCAGUUUGAAGUCUGGUCUGUGGCGGCUACCGUUGUGCUUUGGCGUUCCUUUUGCGACAGUUUUUGCCCUGGUGCAGGCUGGUGCUUGGUGCCCUUUUGGUUAAUAAACUGCGCUGCAACGAAAUGUGGUAUAUUACUUCAGUUGAAGACCGGGGCUUAUAUGUCCCUUGAACUCUACCGAGAGAGAGAGAGAUGCAGUCACGCAGAGGGUUGACAUGCACGCAGCACACACAGGCAGAGGACAUCUCCGUGCGCGGCAGAAGCACAGGUGCACAACUGUGGUUCCCACCCUCUCCUUUAUUAAUACUAGACUAGUAGUUUUUUUUUCUGGCAUGGCAUUGGCCAUUGCAGCAUCCAUGCCAUGUAGUGGGUACGGUACGAGUACGACCGACCCCCUCACUGCUGUACGAGGCGUUUCUGAAACGUUGGAUUUCAUCUCAGUAUAUGUCGAAGUUGCAAACAAAGCCCCGAGAAAAUCGGCCCUUCUUGGCGAGCAUCUGACAGUACUCUGCCUACCUUAAUUAGCGGAAGAUGAGGCACAAAUGGUAUCCCGAUUCAUGGUACCCUCGACAUGACUCUGGGCAUUUGGCAAGCUACGGAGCAGUAACAGGAUAGCAGGUGUUGCAACCAGACGCUUAGCUAGGAUUCUCUUCUGGGACAGCUAAUGAUGGGUGAACAGUACUGUGGUACGAGGUACUCUCCAUUUACUUCCCGUUCAUGGUCCAUCAAUGUGUACCAAUAGCGAUCGACGCGUGAGCGUGACCGUGGCCGUGUGCGUCGCCAAAAAAAAGGACUGACGGCGACCAAACUGAGCAGUAGCCACUGGAUUCUGGUAAAGCACACAUGUUUUACUGGAGCAAUUAAUUGUGCUGCCGUAUCGAAUUGUAAGAUGCUCCGAUCGACACCUGCUAACAUCAGUGUCCUGAAUCUUCGCUACUGUUUUGGUGAAGGAAGAAAAAGAAAAAGAAAAGAUGAUGCAUGAUGUGAUUUACCC